AUGCAUAUUAGAUACGGUCUACUCUAUCGCUUGGACAUCGGGCGCAGAGCAGUAAUUUGCAGUGGAGUUCGCCUUCGCGAUUGCAUUGUUCUUCGUGACGCUGAGAUCCGUUCGCACGCUUGUUGUAUAAGUUCUGUUAUCGGAUGGAACGUUGUCGUUGGCGAAUGGGCCAGAGUGGAGGGAACUCCAAACGAUCCAAAUCCCAAUAAGCCAUUUACAAAGCUUGAUGUUUUGCCAGUAUUUAACUCAAAGGGUCAACUUAACCCUUCUAUCACUGUGAUUGGUAGGUCUUGCAAUAAUUAUUUUUACAGAAAAUCUCAUGCAUAA